GGAAUUCACUGACCGUGAUCAAACACUCCUCCUCCUGUGUGACGCGUCCGUGACGCUCCGUGGGUAUAAAAGAGCAGAGAAACACCAGACCGCUGGAAACUACCAAGCAGUGGAACAGCUUAAACUCCUGAGAUCAUGGCAGCGAUGCAAGGAAGUGCAAUUGGCAAACCUCAGUUUGGCCCAUGGCUCAUAGAGCAGGUGGAAAGUGGGAAAUAUGAGGGAUUGUGCAUGAUAGGCAAUGACAUAUUUCGGAUCCCCUGGAAGCACAACUCACGAAGAGACCUCGGGGACGACGACGUUAAAAUAUUUAAGGCAUGGGCUGUGGUCAGUGGGAAGAUCAACGAGCACCCUAACGACAAAGCGAAAUGGAAGACAAAUUUCCGUUGUGCGCUUCAUAGUCUCAAAAACUUUGAGAUGUUAGAGGAUCACUCCAAAGAUCCGGACGACCAACACAAAGUCUAUCGGAUCAUCCGUCCUCAAAACCACCAAGAGAUCCAGAACGUAGAACCAGUUCAACUUCCAUUCAUUCCUCAUCUUUACAGUGCAUCUAAUUACAUAUCUGAAGAAAUGGAGCAGGAAUUGCUCAACCAGGUGGAGACCAUGGAUCUAAAUGAACAACAUGCAGAAUCCCAAGCAUGGAACACCUGUUCCCAACAAAUCAUUCCGACCAGCUCAAGCAACUUCUAUGAGACCCUCUACUCCGAUGUCCCAUGCAUGCCGAAUAACACUCCUCCCCCAGACCAGCAGCCCUACACCACAGGGCAGCAAUGUAACCUUCCAGCUUUCUGUGACCUGGAGAUCUCAAUCAACUACAGAAAAACAGAAGUUUUGAAAACUCGCCUGUGUUCGCCACUCGUUCAGUUUCACUACCAGUGCGACCCAUCUGAGCUGAGAGGAGAGCCAAUACGCUUCCCAUCCACCGAGGGUCUGAUUGACCAAAAACAGAUCCAGUUCACUAAACGCAUCCUAGACAGCAUUCAGAGAGGUCUGCAGCUGGAGGUGAACCAGUAUGGCAUCUACGGCUUCCGUCAGGACCAGUGUAAAGUCUUCGUCAGCACCAGCGAGCCGUCUGAGAUCCAGAACCCAGAGCCCAGGAAACUGCACCAGAACACCAGAGAGCAACUGCUCAGCUUUGAUAAGUACUUAAGAGAUCUGAUGGAUUUUAAGGAGAACAGACGGGGUUCUCCGGAUUACACCAUCUAUCUGUGCUUUGGAGAGAAGCUCCCAGAUGGAAAACCACUGGAGAAGAAACUUAUUACUGUCAAAGUUGUACCUCUGAUUUGCCGUGAACUUCAUGAAAGAGCUCAAAUGGAGGGAGCAUCCUCUCUUCUCAAUGAAAACGUUAGCCUGCAGAUCUCCCACAACAGCCUUUUUGACCUCAUAAAUUCUUUGGGUCUGCCUUCAGUGGCCUAAAGAUUGAAAACCGUCAGCUGACAUGCCUUUCCACAUAUAGCCUAUAAAAAAAUCUAGAGAGAGAGAGAGAAUUUCAAUUUGUUACUGUUAUAUUUAUAGUGCAAACUUUCCAGAGGUGAUUUCCGUGGGGCAUUCAGAGGUCUUGGUCACUCUACCAUGUAAAAAAAUCUCAAAAGAAAACCAUAUUGUUCAGAUUACCUGAAACAUGGUCUUUCUGUUAAUAUUUUCUAAUGAGUGCUAAAGCCUCAUUUUAAUAUACUGUCUUCUAGUGAAGAAUCUCUCACCUCUCGCCCAAAGGGCUGCACUUGUAUUGCUUCUUGUCUGUUGCUUUAUGAAUGUGAGGUUUAGAAAGGUUGGUGUCAUUAAAUGUGCUAUUAUUUAAAAACUACUGUUUGACUUUUAUGUGUAUUGUUUUAUGGAAUGAAGCUGACACCAAUAUCCAAAGAUGGACUAUGUAUAAAAAUGUUACAGAAAAUUUAAUAAACUAUAUAUA